AUGUUUAUUGCCUCUGAAAGUAAUAUAAAUUGUGAUAGUACCGAGUGUCACUUAAAUUUCAAAGGAAUUAACAUUGAUGAAAGUCGUAUGCCUGUGUCACUGCGUGGAAAACAAUGGAUAUUUGAGAAAGCAAUCGGUGAAGGAACUAAUUUUAAAACAUACAUUGCAACAAGUAAUGACGGUGAAAUAUUUGCAAUUCGGAGAAAUCGUAAACAAGAUCGAAGUUCCGAAGUUUAUGAGAAUGAUGAGAAAGCUCAAGAAGAAAUUGCUAAUAUUAUGCAAUUGCAAGUGGAAUUGGAUUUAGAAAUGAUGGAACUUAUCGGUAAGCACCUAAAUAUUGCCUCAUUAAUUGGUUUUCGCCAGGUAGGUCUGUGCUGGGAGCAAUUUAUGGAAUAUGUCGAUGGUGGAUGUCUUUUUAAUUAUAUAAAUGAAAAUUACACAAAACAAAAUCGAUUGUUGGAAGUUGAAAAAGCGCAAUCAUUUUUUAAUGAUUUAUUAAGCGCAGUGGAACAUAUUCAUAGUUUAAAAAUUGCACAUAUGGAUAUCAAACCUGAGAAUUGUCUUAUUACAAAAAGUGGAAUUGUAAAACUAACAGAUUUCGAUGAAGCAAGAUAUUUUAUACCUAAUCUUGAUAUACCAUAUCCGGUAUAUUUCACUGCAUCAUAUGCUGCACCGGAAACAUUCAUGAAACGAUAUCGGCCAAAUUGUGCAGAUAUUUGGGCAUGCGGUAUCUUUUUAUAUUUUUUGUUGCAAGGAUGUCUUCCAUGGAGUAUUGCAAAUGGUAAAAAAGAUGUUGUUUACCGGAAAUGGUCAAGGAUGCAGGAUAAUGAUAAAAGAUUGCUGUUAACAAUUCCGGAAUGCUAUGGAUGUGUUUCAGAUCUUUUGAUUAAAAUUUUAAAUGUGAAAGUUGAAAAACGAGCUAUACUGGAAGAAAUACGAAUGCAUGAAUGGUUAAAAAAUUCGACAAAACGUUAA